AUGACAGAGAGGUACGCCUGGGGAGUGGCUACUUUGGUUCAUAUGUACGACCAGCUGAACGAUGCAUCUAUGAGCCACAGUCGACAGCUUGGUGGUUACAUCACACUGCUGCAGUGCUGGAUUUACGAGCACUUUCCCUCGGUCGCGGAGUCCACCGCUGAUCGGGACUACGACGAGACUUCUCCGCGUGCGUGCAAGUGGAUUGCUACGAAGAAGACCGUGAAGAGCAUUCGCACGCCGUCGUACAGGGAGCGCCUGGACCGACUCCGGAUUCCAGAUGUCUGUUGGAUCCCUUAUGGGGAGCAUCGGGAGUUCCGAGACUUCCACGAAGUUUGUGAUGACAUUGCUAAGAGGUUGGAGCGCCAUCUGAGUCUAGGGGUGGUCACGCCUGGCUCAUCGACACAUGAGGUGAUCGAAGAAUGCCUCAGAUUGGCCAGGAGUGAGGAAGGAGAAAUCGGAACUACCCUUGGGUCUAAUAAUGAACCAUCAAACUCUUUUCCUGAUGAGUUCUACCGCAUACAAAACAAUGGAAUUGUGAUCACAAAUUGGGCACCACAAUUGGAUAUUUUGAAGCACCCAUCUAUUGGUGGUUUUGUGUCUCAUUGUGGGUGGAACUCACUAACAGAGAGUGUUUCAUGUGGGGUGCCAAUAAUUGGAUUGCCUCUUUUUGGAGAGCAAAUGAUGAGUGCCACGAUGCGUGUAACAUUCCAUUUUUGGUAA